AUGAUAUUUUUUAACAGCCCUAACAAUGAGCCUGUGCUUUGCAGAGCUUUUCCCACUUACCUUGACGGCGCUGCAUUACUUUGGUUUUCAAAAUUACCUGCAGGAUCAAUCUCUUCAUUCGAAGAGCUGGCGAAGUCCUUUAUCGACUAUUUUGCAGCAGCACGGAUAUACGUGCACGGAUCAGAUUACCUCGGCACCAUCCGCCAAGGCCCACAAGAAAGCUUGAAAGACUACAUGACCAGAUUUGCAGAAGCAACCAUGGAGAUACCAGAUUUGGACCUUGAUGUCCACCUGCAUGCCCUGAAGGCCGGCCUCCGACCCGGAAAGUUCAGGGAAACAAUCGCGGUCACUAAACCAAAGACGUUAGAGGAAUUUUGGGAAAGGGCGGCCGGACAGAUGGAAAUUGAGGAGCUCUGUGAAGCCGAACGAACAGAAAGAAAACAACCUAGGAGGGAGGAAGACAAUAAAUGGUCAAACAACACUCCACCAAAAGGGAUCAUAAACUACAUAUCCGGAGGAUUCGCCAGGGGAGGCGAAACAACCUCGGCGUGA